GGCCCUUGGAGCUGCUGCUUCUUCUCUUCCUAGUCCCAAGGCUGAAUCACGAAACAGGUGGGAUCAUUGCAGUGGGCAUGGAGGAAAAUGAAGAGCCAGGCCAUUCUAAGGCAGAAGGUGUGGGUGAAGUGCUGAGUGAGGCUGAGCUAGAGAAGAUCGGCCUGAGAAACCAAGUUUCGCAAGCGUCACUUUCCACCAAGAUCAGGAAAAUAAGAUGCUCAGGAUCAGCUGCAAAAGGCUUGCUACUUCAGUUCCUGCCCAUCCUUAGCUGGUUGCCACACUACCCAGUCAAAGAAUGGCUACUAGGGGACAUCAUCUCAGGAUUCAGUGUGGCAAUUAUGCAUCUUCCACAGGGUUUGGCAUAUGCACUCCUAGCAGGGUUGCCCCCAGUCCAUGGUUUGUAUUCGUCCUUCUAUCCAGUUCUGCUGUAUUUCCUAUUUGGAACAUCCAGGCACAUCUCUGUUGGUCCAUUCGCUGUCAUUUCUGUGAUGUUAGGAAGUAUGACAGAUUCACUAGAACCAAAUGGAAAAUAUCUGGAAGUGAUCACUGGCACCAACAAAACAUUUGUCAAUGAGACCCGUAGGGAUGCAGCACGAGUAGAGCUGGUAGCUGCAGUCACCUUCUUAGUGGGCGUAUUCCAGGUUGCCCUUGGCCUGCUGCAGUUUGGAUUUGUGGCCACCUACCUUUCAGAGCCCUUGGUGCGGGCCUAUACCACCGCUGCUGCUAUCCAUGUGCUGAUUUCCCAGCUAAAGUAUGUCUUUGGAAUCAGCCUGGAAGAGAAAUCUGGGCCAUUGUCACUGAUCUAUACCUUUGUGAACUUUUGCUCAAAAUUGCCUGGAACCCACACUGGUGCGGUGGUCACUUCCUUGAUCUCCAUGGUUGCCCUUUUGCUCAUCAAGAUGCUCAAUGACAAAUUUGAUAAGAAGCUUCCAACACCUAUCCCCAUUGAACUCCUCACGAUUAUUGUCUCCACGGGAAUCUGCUAUGGUGCCAGCCUGAACAAAAAUUUUGGGAUUAGUGUUGUGGGUGAUAUUCCCAAUGGAUUGAGAUCUCCUGAAGCCCCCAAUGGAAGCUACUUUGGGCAGACAAUGGGGAAUGCUUUUGCCAUUGCUAUUGUUAGCUAUGUCCUUUGCAUCUCCCUUGGGAAAAUCUUUGCACUCAAGCACGGUUAUAGUGUGGACAGCAGUCAGGAACUGAUAGCCUUGGGGCUCAGUAACAUCGCUGGUGGCUUUUUCCAUUGCUACAGCAUCAGCUGCUCCAUGUCCCGCUCUCUAGUACAAGAAAGCACAGGAGGACAUAGCCAGGUGGCUACAGUUGUCUCCUCUCUCAUCAUCCUAGCAAUCAUGUUGAAGAUUGGAGAGCUUUUCCGAGAACUACCCAAAGCUGUCUUAGCUGCCAUUGUGAUUGUCAACUUGAAAGGCAUGUUCAAACAGUUUGAAGAUAUUCCUGCACUUUGGAGAUCUAAUUUUACCGACCUGCUCAUCUGGCUUGUAACUUUUGUCGCUACGCUACUCUUGAAUCUUGACUUGGGGCUGGCAGUAGCUGUGACAUUUUCACUCUUCACGGUCAUCUUCCGGACUCAGAUGCCUCAUUAUUCCAUUUUGGGACAAGUGUCCACCACAGGAAUUUACAAAGACAUGGCUGAGUAUCAUAAAGUUAAAGAAAUACCAGGUGUGAAAAUUUUCCACUCCUCUGCUACUAUCUAUUUUGCUAAUGCUGAACUGUAUGCAGAGGCCCUUAAAAAAAAGUGUGGCAUUGAUGUGAACCAUCUCAUUGAAAAGAAGAAGAAAGCUCUAAAGAAGAAACAAAAGAAAGACAAGAAAGAAGCCAAGAAAAUUGCUCAAGAAUCUGGAGAAAACAACCCUGGAUUUGUGGAUGUAGAGAUGGAUGCAAAGUCACAGGAACCAGAAGCCAUAGCAGUGACUGGGAGCAAUGGAACUGUGAAGGCUUGGGACCCCCCAAAUCACAUCCAGCCACAAUCUUGUGGCAAACCCAGUUUAAAUGCUCUGGGGCUAGAAAAGCCUUCUAUCCAUUCACUCAUUCUGGACUUCACUUCUGUCACCUUUGUGGACACCGUCUCUAUAAAGACCUUUAAAAAUAUAUUUAAAGAUUUCCAGGAGAUUGAAGUGGAUGUGUUUCUUGCUGGUUGCCAUGGCUCUGUCAUUACUCAGCUGGAAAGAGGCAAUUUUUUCAAUGAAACAAUCACCAAGAACCACCUUUUUGCAUCAGUGCAUGAUGCAAUUACCUAUAUCACUAGGAACCGAGAACAGAGCAUGCCACAAAUUGACACUGUUGACUACAACACUAACAUGUGACCCGGAGAGCAGAAAUCAGGUUUCAUCUUCCAGAAGAUUUUCUAAACUGUGUUGCUUAAUGAGGUAGGAUUCACUGCCAUUACAAAUCCAGAGAAGAACCAUUACCAAGUGCAAAUGCUUAGAAACUGGAAGCUGGAAAUACCUUUUCCUUGAGUGUCAUCUCUGAAGAAACUGAGAACUGAUUGUGGCCAAGGAGCUUUUAUUCUACAUCUCUGAGGCACGGAUUCUUCUAGUUCUCCUGGGAACGUAUUUCAUGCAUUAGGAAAGAAUUCCUCUCAGGCACUGGAACUUGUUGCUAUGCCUGCUCUUGGGAUAAAGAUUUUCCAUUCAAACUUUCCACUGGGUUUGGUGAGAAAUUUGGUCAUUUCCAGCAUGUUUUUGCCUUUGUGAUAGUCCUGAUCAACAAAGAAAGGCAGAACGUGUCUCUUCUAGAAGCAUCUACUCCCCAUGUUUGUUCCUUCCUUCAUGGACUGGAAUUUUAAUGCGAGGUCUUAGAAAGUAAGUUUUUCAUGCCUUGAAUUUCUCUGGUCAUGCCUGGAUAUUCAUGCCUGAAUAUAGAGGAAGGGGCUUUAGCCCUCAUGCUUUGCAUGAAGUAUUCCUAAUGUUUCCAGUUAGAAGUAUCAGAUGGCAGACAGAACAAAAGCUGAAGACCUGUGCUUAAGACCCUGGAGAGUCAGCAUAAGUCACAGUUAGCAAUAUUGGACUAGAUAAACAAGACAUCUGAUUCUUCUUCUUGCCUUCAUUGAAAUUGCUCGAUUUCAGUAGACCUGACUACAGUUUAUUGAGGCUGCAUAGGAAACAAGAAGUGGGGCUUUUGUUGCAGAAUUGUAAAAACCAAAGUAUGUAUGGAUUAUUAUGUCAUCAUUAUUUCUGGAAAAAAUGCAGAAGUUGAAAUCAGAAGGUAAACAGAAGUCUGGUCUGAGAAAGGUUUUGGGGACAAGCAUCCUACUAAAAUGAAUGAAAUGUAUUGGUGUGUACAGGGUCAGCUCUGUGAAUAUCAAAAAGCGGCAACUGUCUCUGGAAGCAGAUGUUGGGAGGUACUCUGCAAGGAGUGAGAGAACUCUGAGUUACAUGACCUGCCCUGCAACCCUAAGCCAGCCUGCUGCCUUUGCUACCUAAUCAGGUUUUGUACUCAGAGGAAAAAAGGCACCGUCCUGUUCUCUCCCUCGGCCAGGAUAGUGUCUUAAGCCAGCUUUGUUGCCUAGCUUGGAAUUUCUACUAGAUAAAUGGAGUCUUUUAUGUCCAAAGACUUUGCCCAUUUAUCCAUGCAUGCCUGACCUAAAGAUAACAUUUCACAUAUACAUUUUUCUUCAGUUUGAGUGUAAUUCUACUCUGCUUUUUUACUUUGGAAGAUGUUACUGAACGCAGAAUCUAAUCCCAAGAUCAAUACAUCUGUACAGAUUUAUUUAGUCAGAAAAUUUGUAUAAGAAAAUGAUUAAUGGAUUGAUUAUGUGCCAUCAAGUCGUUGUUGACUCUUAGUGACCACAUAAAUAGAUUUUCUCCAUGACUGUCAGUCCCUGACCUGGUCUUUCAGAUCUUACAACGAUGCAUUCAUCACCACAGUAUCUGAAUCCAUCCACCUUACAUAUAAUGAGAUAGUAUGUUGUAUAUUAUUAUUUACUGCCCAUAAAAUUAAUGUUUUAAUCAUAUGUCUAGAAGUUUUCAUUCUAAAGGAAAUAAUGAACUAUGUUGCCUAAUGCCUAAUUUGGUAAAUGCCUCUCCAUUUACCAAAUUAUUCCCAAACAGUAGGGCUCAUGGAAAGGCAAUUUACAUGUCAUUACAUUGUUUUUAGAUUCAUCAGAGUUGCAAGUAGAGAAGUAGCACAUUAUAGAAACAGAUACGCUAUGCUUUCUCUGAUGUGCACAUUUUUUCACAUAGAAGGGACAUGUUGUUUUUGAUUAGGAGAACAUUACAAAAUAUGACAGUCCCUUCAAUUGCAGCCUAAAAUUGUACAGUCUAAAAUGUUAUCAUUUCAUUAUCCGCAGUACAGUGGGUUUUUACUGAAAUCAGUAAAUUGGAUCAUAAUGGUUAUCUGUUUCCAGCUGGACUGGUUGCAAUAAUCCACACCAUAAUUGAUAUUCAAGCCAAUAAUCAAGCCAGAAUCUACAAUUUUCAGAUAUAUCCUCAAUGACCUAACCACUUUAUAUAUUUCUUCACUUGACUCUUAUAUUUUUUGAACUACUGUUUCUCAUGCUUUGAAUAGCUAUUCCCUUUUUCUUUGUUUGCUUGCUUGCUUGCUUACAAUUUAACUUGAAAACAGUCUGUCUUGUGG